GCGGAGGGGCGGGGCCGCGGCCGGGGCGCGGCCGGCGUGGGGCGGGGCCCGGGCGGGGUGCGUACGGAGGUAGGAAGAGGCGGCCGCAGACUUUCCGGUCGGCCCCUCGUCCGCUGCCGCGCGCCGGCCGGCUGGCCGCUCGGGUCGGUUGGCGGCUGCCUGGUGUCCGAGGGAGCCGGCCGCUGCUUCCCUACUUCCGGGGAGCUGUUUGGGGCAGUUCCAGAAAAACAGGAUUAAUAUACAGAGAAUCGAUCCAAGGAUAAUUGCUGUUGAGAAUGGAGAGCUCGCUGCAAGAGGGAGCACUGUGGGGCCAUCCUUCAGAAGAGCAAUCUCAGGAGCCCCUCACGAUACUGUCUGCCCUGAUCUCUUCUAAAGAACAAGAAUCUGUGACCUUCAAAGAUGUAGCCAUAGACUUAACCCAGGAGGAGUGGACGCUGAUGGACAGGUCCCAGAGGAAGAUGUACAUUGAUGUGAUGCUGGAGAACAUCACUCAUCUGGUCUCCGUGGGGUGUCAGUUCUUCCAAUCAGAUGUGAUCUCCCAGUGGGAACAAGGAGGGGUGCUGUGGAGGGAAGACAGAAGACUUGCCCAAGGCUGGAGUCCAGGCUUGGAAAACAGCCAUAAAAAGGAAGAAACAAUAUCUAUGCAAGAUAUCUUCAAGGAGGACCCAUCUAACUGCAACACAAUACAGAAAUAUCACUCAGGAGAAGACCCGUUUGAACAUAUUGGAAUGGCGUUGAGACAAUGAAGGGUAUCACCUGACAAUAAGGGGGGUCAGUUCAACAGCAGGAUAGUAGAACCUCUGUAAAUAUUUGUGCAUCCAACAUAGGAACACCUACAUAUAGGGGCGCCUGGGUGGCUCAGUCGGUUAAGCAUCUGCCUUUGGCUCAGGUCAUGAUCUCAGGGUCCUGGGAUCGAGUUCCACAUUGGGCUCCCUGCUCAGAAGGGAGUCUGCUUUUCCCUCUCCUUCUGCCCCUCUCCCCUGCUCAUGAUCUAUCUCUUUGACUCAAAAUCUUUUAAAAAAUGAACACCUACGUAUAUAAAACAAACACAUGUAAAGGGAGAAACAGUAAUACAAUGAUAGGAGGGGAACUUGAAUACACAAUUUCAUCAAUGGCUAAACCAGACAAAAUCCGUAAGAAAACAUGAGCCUUCAAUGACACAUUAGAUCAGAUGGAUCCUGAGCACUCCAUCCACAAACAGCACAGUGCAUCCUCAAGUGCACAGGAGAACGCUCCAGGAUUGACCAUAUGCCGGUACCAGAGGACAACCGUUUUCUCUUUUACCCCAGCCAUGUAGUUGCCCGUCUGUUUCUCAUAAAAACCCCUUGCUUUCACCCCGUACAUGGGACACUUCUGGUUACUGCUGGAAUCUGUACUCCCCAAAGCACAAUUCUUCAACCCCAAAUAAACUUUUCUCGUCGGUCUCUUGUGGCAGCUCUUCUCAGUUUGGCAGAUGUUUGCCACCAGGUACUACAGAACGAGACCCGGGAGGGCCGACUUUGGUAGGAAGUGACGAGUUCCAGGACCCCAUUUGCAGCCCCAGAAGAGUGUGUCCCUCUGUGCCUCAGAAGGUCUCAAACAGAGCACCAAAACUUUGAGGUGAAAGAAUUGCCCCUAAUCCCUUCUAGGGGUUCUUGGCUCGGAUACCCCACCCUGGAUGGGGUCAAGGGCAUGGAGGGAGAGGACCCCUGGACAGGAGCUGCAGGUGACUGGGGUGAAGCGGAGCAGCGACCUGGGCAAGAGCAGGGCGGGUGGGGAGCAAGAGGGGCAAUGGGAGGCUCCAGCGCUGGAGAGAGUAGAUGCUCCUGUUGGGGGGGGACGGGGUUGGCUCCCGGCAAAACCAGUUCAGAGGACAUGAGGCCCAGAGAGGAGGGGAGCCGAGGUAGGUGAAGGGAGGAAUCAACCCGGCAAAAUGCAUUCCCAGGAGACAGCGAACAGCGUUCUAAGAAAAGAGGGCAAAGUAACCAGAUGGACCUCCUUGGGUGGAGGGGAGUGGGGCAUGGGGCGACGUGAGCAGGGGGCAGAUGAAGCCCUCAGACGAAGGGGAGAGGCUGCUGGUUUGUAUGUGAAGCGGCUAGCAAGUACGUGGGGGUCUACUACAGUAAAGUCAAGCCCCCAGCAACAAGACCCAUGAUCUCCCAUUUUGGAGCUGGGGCCGUAGGUCCUUGUACAUGGGAGAGAACAACAUGUACAGUGGCCUGUCACUGUAGGAGCUCACGCAACUUCCAUCACAGUCAUCCCCAGGUUUUAUAUUUUUAUGCCUUUGUAAAUCUCAUGUUUUAACUUACAUUUAUUCAUCGCUAACAGAUAAGUAUAAUUGACUUAUAUGACCUUGAAUUAUCUGAACUUGGUAAGUUUAAUAACUUUCUCAGAACUUUUUUUUUAGUUGGAUUUUCUGCAUACACAGUCACUUCAUGUACACAUAGUCUUCUUUCCCAACUUUUUGUUCUGUUGUAGUCUUACUGCCGAGCGUAGCUCCUGCCUGUAUGUCAGAUGUAGAGCGAGCCGACUGUUCCAAGUGGCAGUAAGGGUACGGGGGUGGGGCGAGCAGUCGGUCCUAUUGUGGCCGAUUAUACUCGGAAAACAGUCUUUCUAUAUACGACGUAUGAUGGAAGUGAAAGUUUUCUCAUGCACUUUUUUUUUAAAGAUUAUAUUUAUUUGAGAGAGAGCAUGAGCGGGGGGAGCCACAGGAAGAGACAGAGGGAGAAGCAGCCAGACGUGGGACUCGAUCCCAGGACCCUGAGCUCAUGACCUGAGUUGAAGGCAGACUCUUCACUGACUGAGCCACCCGGGCGCUCCCUCUCAUGCACUUUCUAAAUGACGAUUUCCUAAUACUCGUGUCCUCAGCGAGGAGUUGGUCAGGUCUCUCAGGCUGGCAGUGAAGAUGGGUCUUGUAAAUUAUUUUAGAGGGAGUGCGUGAGCAGGGGUGGGGCAGGGAGCGGCACACGCAGAACGUGGAGACUGAUGCAGGGCUCGAUUCCACAACCCUGAGAUUGUGACCCAAGCCCAAACCAAGAGUAGGCCGCCCAGGCCCCCUACUUGUUGGAUGUGAUUGGUGCAGGGAUUUUUGCCUGGUGUGCUCUACGGGCAGUGAAUGAGGAACGGUGGGGCCUCAGCCUGGCACGGUGACUGCAGAGGGCAAGGCACUCUCCCAGGGGAGGGGGGUGCCCACCAACAUGACAUGUCCCCCAUAUCAAACCACACAAGGAUGUCUGUGUUUGUCCCUCACAGGUUGGCUGACUGACCCAUAGGGCAUCCGUUGCUGACUCCUUGGAGGCAUUCAAACUGCUGUCCCCAUGAUCACUGACCCUACAAGACCCCCAAAUCACAAACUGCAGAUCGUAGCCCCAACUUACAGGAUUUCCACUACACAUUUCAGUAACUCUGCCCCUAGUCUUCCCUUCUCCAGAGCCCCUGCAAGUCCCACAGGCCUGACCCCACAAUGCUGGUUUCACUUUUCCCAGGCUCCCCAGUGGGCAUGCUCUGUGAGUCUUUACUGAAUUGCUGAGAUGGUGCUUUCUACCUCGUGUGCCCUCUAAGACAGUCAUCACACACACUGAUCCCACACUGGACACAACACCCUCAAGCAAACCCUGACACGUGCGUGUGCGCAGAUGAGAUCUGGUAACACGUGUCUGUGUUCUGACAGUCACAUGUGCACCCCCCACCCUGACCACACUCAACAGACAAAUAGUGGCCAACACCCUCAGUCGGACAAACCAGGGAAACAACUGUGCAGAUCCGAGGGCCAUAUAUUCUCUGGCCAUCCUUAUAUGCAGGGAAUCUGGCUGCGCAUGUGUGUCUUGAUCAUGAGGCAUAUCACACUUGGACAUUGACACAGAAACCCAGGGCUUGGCAGGGAGAAGCUCAAAGCCCAUGCACAGAGCCGUACUGCCUCAUUCUUGGCAGAUAGUGUAAGACGCAGGUGGAGCCCAAGGGUCUACAUCUGAGGUGUUUGCUACAAACAUACCAGCAAAAAGAUCAAUGGGAAAAAUGCAGAAAGGGACACCUGGGUGGCUCAGUUGGUUAACAUCUGCC